GACGCUCUGUAGGGUCAACGGCGCUCAUGAAUUUAAGACAAGCCCCUCAGUCCAUCUGGUUGUCUACUGGGCCUUGUCAACACGCGAGAUACGACCCAAUUUGCGACAAACUUCGCAAUCUCGCUUCGCCAUAAAUGCUGCUUUGGAACGAUCUGUCCAUUUCCAACCCUACAUGUUCACCUGUGCGGAGCAACGCAUUCGACCUUACUGAUCAUCAACGACGUCCAUCCAUUCGGGGCUUUCUCUAAUAGAGUCUCCGCCGCCCAGCGAUCAUGUCGGCGCCAGAGGAAGAAGAGUUUGCGAAAUUACCGCUGCAAGAGCAGUUCACACACAAGAAUUGGAAGGCAAGAAAAGGAGGAUAUGAGAUUGCUGCCGCAGAAUUUGCCAAAUCAAAAUCCAACUCUCCCAUCGUCAGAGACUUCAUCCUCGAUAGCAGUUUAUGGAAGGGCGCUGUAGGAGAUUCCAAUGUUGCAGCGCAACAAGAAGCCUUGAACGCAUACAAUGCAUUCCUCGUCAAGGCUGGCACAGAGGGUGUACGGAAAACUCGAAGUCAGACUGUGGGACCGAUUGUGGAAAAAGGCUUGACUGGGCGACCAGCUGCGAAAGCUGCUGCGGUCGAGUCGCUGCUCUUGCUAAUAGAGCUUGACAAGGCGGAUGCCGUCAUAGAAGAGCUGUUACCAUAUCUUUCACACAAAUUGCCGAAGAUCAUCGUCGCGACCCUAUCAGCGCUCAAGGACAUUUACCACGCUUAUGGCUGCAGAAUCGUGGAGCCUAAGCCGGUGGUCAAAUUACUACCCAAAGUCUUUGGCCAUGCAGACAAGAACGUGCGUGCCGAAUCACAGGCGCUCACGGUUGAGUUAUAUCGCUGGCUACGAGAUGCCAUGAAACCUCUCUUCUGGGGCGAUCUGAAAGAGAUGCAGCAGAAGGAUUUAGAGAAACUGUUUGAGCCUGUCAAAGCUGAGCCAAUUCCAAAGCAAGAGCGAUUUCUCCGAUCACAACAGGACGCCAUACAAGAAGCAGAAGUUGAGGGUGCAGCAGAAGAAGAGGAGGCUGAGGAGGCGGUUGAGAUCGACCUGGAACCAGAAGUAAUCGCCGUUGACGUCGCACCAAAGCUCCCCAAAGACCUGAAUGAGCGGCUGUCAAGCUCCAAAUGGAAGGAUCGCAAAGAAGUCUUGGACGAAUCUUUCAACGUCGUAAAUGUUCCGGCAAUCAAAGAAGGCUCCUUCGAUGAUCUGAUGCGCGGCUGUGCGAAGAGCAUGAAAGACGCCAAUAUCAUGGUCGUCACGGUUGCAGCGAACGUCAUCGAGGCACUUGCUAAGGGUCUGAGAAAGUCUUUUGCACGAUAUCGAGGUACUGUUCUGGCCUCCAUGCUGGAAAGGUUCAAGGAGAAGAAGCAGGCGGUCACGGAUGCAAUCAGUGCGGCUUGUGACGCCGUCUUCCAAUCGACCGGAUUACAAGAAAUCCUCUCCGACGUCCUCGAGGCCAUGAAAAACAAGAAUCCGCAGGUCAAAGAGCAAUCGGCUAAAUUCUUAGCUCGAAGUUUGAAGGCGACGCGAGUCGUACCUACAGUGGAACAGACCAAAGACAUGGCGGAAUCAGGAAAGAAGCUCCUUGGCGAAGGUACCGCAUCACUUCGUGACGUGGGAGCUGAGAUUCUCGGUGUCCUCUGGAAGAUCAUGGGCGAUCGCCACAUGCUGAGCCAUCUGGACGGCGUAGAAGAGAUCCGCAAGGCCAAAAUCAAGGAGUUUUUCGAUGCUGCGGAAGUCAAAGCGAAAUGGAAGCCACCGAAAGCGGCGGCGCCGCCGCCCAAGGCCGCCGCACCACCAGGGAAGAAGCCUGCGCUUGGGGGGAAACGCCCGGCUCCGGUCAAAAAGCCUGGCCCAACACGUGCCGCAAGUCCGCCUCUUAUGGCCGAUGAUCCUCCCAGACAGCCCCCGCCAACACCCAGGACCGCAGCAGGAGCAAAGGGUCCUGCGGGAAUCCGACCUCCAGGUAUGGGUCUCAAGGCGCCGUCUGGACUGCAGAAAUCUGCUCUCGGCCUCAAAGCACCGGCUGUCGUCACAUCAGCGACAGCAAGCCCCAAACGACAAGGCAUGGUACUCGAGGAUCUUCCAAUACCUACUACACCCAGGGCUGGACCAGGAAGAGGAGGUUUAGCCGGUCGCCCUCUUGGUCGGCCGGCUCAACCACCUUCGCCAACGCCAGGUACUCCACAGUACGAGAACAACAAUGCAGGCCUCCGCGACACCGAUCGGCAAGAGAUUCUAUCCCUUCAACAAGAGAAUUCCAUGCUCCGGGAUCAGCUUUCUGGUCUCCGCUCAGACAAGAGUAAAAUGUCCAGCCAAAUAGCUGAACUCCAGGUGCAAAAUGCUCAACUAAUAGAGGACCACACGCGGGAUGUCUUGCAGAUUAAAGCCAAGGAAACGCAACUGGUCCGCGCCCGGAGCGACGCCGAGAACGCCGUGGAACGGGCAAACAGCUUGAGCAAAGAGAUCGAGCGCCUCAAGCGGGAGAUGAGCCGCCUGAAUCGAGACGUAGGAAGAGACUCUCCCGUCGACAACGGCAACGGCCGCUCAAGUUACCAGCAUGCCAACGGCGGCGCCGCGGCGCCGAGGGCUUACAGCGCACUCUCCGACGUCGGUACCGAAGGUAUGAUCCGACCGGCUUCACGCCCGCUAUCCAAUGGCACCUUGUCACCCGAGCCGACCAGUCCGACGCCCGGGCGGUCGUCAGCGUUCGGCGCCCCCAGCGGAAGCAGCGGCCUGGCGCGCUCGUCCAGCGAUGCCGGCUCCGGCGUCGAGAGCUGGAAGCGCGCUGCAGAGGUCACGCAGAACCUGAAGGCGCGGAUCGAAAUGAUGAAGGCACGUCAAAACCUCGGCCGUGGCUGAGAAUGAAGACAUACGAGGCUCGCUUCCAGUGGCAUACUGUCCACGCGAUCACUCACGCCGUUGCCCACCUGGAUGCACCGGUGACGUAGAAGCGAAUACGAUC